AGUUUAAAUGGAUUGUCUUCUACGACAAGCUUAAUCAUCAAAACCAGCUAAACCACUCAUGCUCUGUCACAUUUCUUUCCCCAUUUGUUUUCACUUUACUCCACCCCCCCCUCUCUCUCUGUGCAGAAGCAUUACUAGCAAGACAAGAGUGGCAGUGGUUGGAUUCGGUUCUAAGCAAUGAUUACUGCGAUCAUACACAUACCCAUCAUUCACAGCCUCGUUUUAAGACGACGCCUUCAAUCACACCAUGUAACAUAUCCCCCCAAUUUCACAAAUCGCCCCAGCCAUGCGCCGGCUGCUCCUCUUCCUGCUCCUCGCCCUCUCCAUAUGCGUCGCUCAUUCCCUCACCAACCCUCAAGAUGCUGCGGUGCUUCGAUCGCUGAAAGAUCAGUGGGGCGGGACGCCGCGGAGCUGGGGAAGAUCCGACGAUCCUUGCGCUUCUUGGGAAGGAGUUGCGUGUAACAACUCCAGGGUCACCUCACUAGGCUUAUCCACGAUGGGGCUGACUGGCACUAUGAGCGGCGACAUUGGUGGCCUAACCGAUCUCAUUUCUCUGGAUCUAUCGUUCAACCCCGGCCUCAGAGGCUCGAUCUCUCCUCGUUUGGGGGACCUGCAGAAGCUAACUAUAUUGAUUCUGGCCGGAUGCAGCUUCUCCAACAGCAUUCCAAGUGAACUAGGACACCUGUCUGACCUAACGUUUCUAGCCCUGAACUCAAACAACUUAACCGGUGAGAUACCGCCUUCCCUAGGCAAUCUGUCUAAGCUGUAUUGGCUGGAUCUAGCUGAAAACCAGCUGAGAGGCGAGAUCCCAGUUUCUUCGGCCUAUGGUCCGGGCCUUGACCAGCUUAAAAAGGCGAAGCACUUCCAUUUCAACAAGAACCAGCUCUCAGGAGAGAUUCCCAGCCAAUUGUUCAACUCUGAUAUGUCUUUGAUCCAUGUACUGUUUGAUGGGAAUCAACUGGAUGGGAGCAUUCCAUCCACAAUAGGAUUAGUGGAAACACUCGAGGUUCUUCGUCUUGAUCGGAAUUUCUUGAAAGGGAGCGUGCCACCGAACCUCAACAACCUCACAAACAUGAUAGAGUUGAAUUUAGCACAUAACAUGUUGUCAGGAGCUCUCCCUAAUCUAACUGGGAUGGACACACUCAACUAUGUGGACAUGAGCAACAACUCCUUUAAGAAAACAGCAGCACCUGACUGGUUCUCUAGUUUGCCUUCUCUUACAACUUUGAUGAUUGAAUAUGGACCUCUGGAAGGAUCUGUUCCACAAGAAGUUUUCAGUUUACCUCAGAUACAGCAAGUGAAGUUGAGGAACAAUGCAUUUGGAGCCAAGCUAGACAUGAGUGGCAACGUCAGCCAGCAGCUUCAGCUCAUCGAUUUGGAGAACAACGACAUAUCAUCGGUGACAAUCGGCUCCGAAUACAAAAGCACAUUACUGUUGAUCGGAAACCCUGUGUGCGCGGCCUCGUUAGAAAACACAGUCUACUGCCAGAUUCAGCAGUCUGCGAAGCCUUACUCCACAAGCCUCGCCAACUGUGGGAGCCAGAUAUGCACCUCUGAUCAAAAGCUCAACCCACAGAGCUGCGACUGUGCUUACCCCUAUGAAGGGACACUCUACUUCCGAGCACCCUUCUUCAGAGAUCUGGCCAAUGCAAGCUUGUUCCACACUUUGGAGAUGAGCCUCUGGGUCAAACUAGGCCUAAACCCAGGCUCGGUUUCUCUACAGAAUGCAUUCUUCAAUGUUGAUGACUACCUGCAGGUGCAGCUCGGGCUCUUCCCCUCUGAUGCAAAGUACUUCAACAGAUCACAAGUUCAGAAGAUCGGAUUCUCACUCACAAAUCAGACGUACAAGCCGCCUAAAGAAUUUGGGCCAUACUAUUUCAUUGCCGCACCUUAUGUUUUUGGAGACGAACACGAGAGAUCUCACAUCAGCAGAGGCAUGGUUGUUGGUGUGACAACCGGGUGCUCCUUUCUGGUGCUGAUACUAGCAGGGUUAGGCGUGUACGCUCUCAGACAGAAACGCCGUGCAGAGCAAGCUAUAUCAUUGAGCAAACCAUUUGCUUCUUGGGCCUCAAGCGGGAAAGACAGUGGAGGCGCGCCGCAGCUAAAAGGGGCAAGAUGGUUCUCAUAUGAAGAGCUCAAGAAAUGCACUGGCAACUUCUCUGAUAGUAACCAGAUUGGCUCAGGAGGCUACGGAAAGGUCUAUAGAGGAGUUCUUUCCACUGGGCAGGUUGUGGCCAUUAAAAAGGCUCAAAAUGGCUCUAACCAAGGCGGGCUCGAAUUCAAAACUGAGAUAGAGCUGCUUUCGAGAGUCCAUCACAAGAACCUGCUAGGUCUUGUGGGAUUCUGCUUUGAACAAGGGCACCAAAUGCUAGUGUAUGAGUUCAUGUCAAAAGGAACACUCAGGGAAAGUUUAUCAGGUAGGAGUGGAGUGUACCUUGACUGGAAGAGACGCGUACGGGUCGCUCUCGGAUCAGCUAGAGGGCUAGCUUACCUGCAUGAUCUAGCCAACCCACCCAUAAUCCACAGGGAUGUCAAGUCUACCAACAUCUUGCUGGAUGACAAUCUCACAGCCAAGGUUGCGGAUUUCGGCCUGUCUAAACUCGUCUCAGACAGCUCGAAAGGGCACGUUUCGACUCAAGUGAAAGGCACUCUGGGGUACCUCGAUCCUGAAUACUACAUGACACAACAGCUGACAGAGAAGAGCGACGUCUACAGCUUUGGAGUAGUGAUGCUAGAACUCAUCACCGCAAGGCAGCCUAUUGAGAAGGGAAAGUACAUUGUGAGAGAGGUGAGAGUAGCCAUAGAUAAGAGUGAUGAGACACACUAUGGACUAAGGGACAUGAUGGAUCCUGCCCUGAGAAACACAACACCGCCCCUCCUUGGGUUCCCUAGGUUCGUGGAACUGGCAGUGCAGUGCGUCGAGGAGUCAGCCUCGGACCGGCCAGCGAUGACCGAGGUGGUCAAGGCCUUGGAGUUGAUACUGCAGAGUGAUGGGAUCAACACAAACUCAACAUCAGCUUCUUCAUCCGCAACAGAAUUUGGGAGUGUGAAAGGUGCACGUAGGCACCCUUAUGUUGAUGCUUUUGAUUACAGUGGUUACACAAUUCAAGCCAAAGUUGAGCCUAAGUGAUAGGAAACUAAAGUGUUGGAUGAAUUUGAUUCAUAUGUUUGAUUGAGAUAGACUUUUGCUGUUUAUGUAAUUUAAAGAUUUCUCAAUUCUUUGGGGAGUUUUGUAGAUUAGAAUAUGACAUAUAUAUAUUGUUUCCCAUUGUGUGAAGGGGAAUUGUACAAAGUUAUGUUUUAAUAUAUAGAUAUGUUCUGAGUUUCGAUUUA